UCCAUCAAAACUGUUUACUAACAUUAUAAUAUUUUGGUAUAUUUUAAAUAAACUUAGAUAGUAUUAUUUUGCACUAGAAUAAUUUAGUAACAAUACAUACACAUGAGCAAACGAAAUCGUUAUUUAACUCCUUUAGUGGGAAAACCAUCUGUAAAACCCAGUGAAAAGAAGAAACCAGCUCAAGGUUUAUUGAAGCCAAAAUACUGUAAUUAUGAUGUUAACCGCAAAUUUGUAUUAGUCUCACAUGAAGAUGGAUGUGCUGUGUAUGUAGAAAAAGAAACACUUGAAAAAGGAAAGCAAAACCCAGUUAUAAAUCAGGCUGUAUCAUUUCAAGCUGCUGAAGGGCCAAACUUAGAGGAAGCUGCACAACCAGCCAUGCAUCCAUCAAACUCAUAUCCUAGGAAAUCCCUACAAAUUAAUCUUUUAAAUAGACCCAAUGAGGUGGAGAAAGCAGUUGAAAAAGAAUCUGGCACAGUGUUCAACCGUUUGGAGCCUCGGCAAGUCGUGAACACACCGACCAACGCGCCGCUAAGCGUCGCGGUAGAUGGCGCUAGCAGCUCACAGCUGUAUUCCCCUACGGAAAUGUGUGAGAAUGAAGAUGACGAAUUUGACGUGGAUUCUCUACACGGCAAGCGCCAGAGCGCAUUCGAUAGACUCGGCCCGCUGACUGAAUCUAAGAAACCCAAGCUGACUAUUAAUUUGAACCUGACUAAAGAGCAAAGGCAAGUAGUCCAAGAGGAGCCCUACAUUCCUACGUGUAAGCGCCCGGAGCUAGUCAACAGCAUGAAUGAUAUAGUACGCCGGUACCUACCUAUCUGGCCUUGGAACUAUACCGUUACAGCCAAGAAGUCUUUCACCGCUAGAGUGUCUAAGUCUGUCAUGCUUAUGGAGAAGGAACAAGUGGAUGAAAUAUAUGGCAGAGAACACAGUAUGAUACAGGUUUCUAUCAAAGGAUUCCCAAAAACCUGGACCAAAGAAGAUAUUUUGGAUGUUUUGCUGGAAAAUUUGAAAGGGAAAAGUUUCAUACCGUGUUUCAUUGAGCUCACGAAAGAAGAAUGUAAGUUUCUCGUCAACAAAUGCAAAGGGGCAUUGCUUGAGAUACAUGGGUUUGGAUUCUUCAUACGCCAGUACGACAUAGAGUUGGCUCUGACUAUUUCGAUAGUUCAUCUUACCGCUACCCAGUUGGAUUUCAGACCGAGAGAAAUUAUACAGGAUUUAGUGAAGUCCAGUUACAAAGAUGGGACUUUGAAUUUGAAGUCGUUUACGUUGCAGAAAGAUCUCAGCCACUUCAUAUAUUACCCACUGAACAGAAUUUACAACCAACGAGAGAUGAUACAACAGAUGAAUUUUGUGAACUGGCGACAUUUGACUGAUCUGAAUCUAUCGCACAACAGACUAACAUCUCUAGAUGGUUUCCAUUUACCAACAUACACUCCGCGUCUACGUUCUUUGGAUUUAUCAUACAACCACAUACCAUCUCUACCUACAUUACUAACAUGUCGGGGAUUACCCCUGAAGAAGUUGUGGUUAGAGGGAAAUCCCCUGUGUCUAGACGUGAACGCGGACACGUAUGUUGAGUGCCUGCGCAUGAUGUUCAGUGGUUUGAAGGAAUUGGAUGGUGAACCAAUACAUUUGAAGGGUGAAAUGCCAAAGUUCAACAAAAACUACUGCCCUGAAGACGUGUAUUCUAUCGUAGAGAAAUAUCUAGAAACAUUCUAUACUCUCAUAGACUCGGAGAAGAAAGAACUUGUCGAAAGUAUGUACGACAAAAAUGCGGUUUUAACGAUUACAGCUAGGAAUAAAUUACGUCACGAUUACGACGCUUUUCGCUACCUACGUCCGUUGUUCCAAAAAUGUCGAGUUAUAGAGCAAAAAGUGUUCGAUAGUGUGCGAGGCCCGACCAACAUUAAAAACCUUAUCACGGCGUGGCCGAAAAUUAUGCACGAUCCGACAACGUUCACUACGGAUGUGAUGCAUUAUACCACGGACACAGUGGUGCUUAAAGUAGCCGGUGUGAUGAAAGUGGUCGCAGCUAGCUUGGCGGAGGAUGAGCAUGUAUUGGCCUUCGCUAGGACAGUAGUGCUACAUACUAGAGACUCCAACGAGUAUAAGAUAACUAAUGAGAUGCUGUAUUGGGAUGAGCCUACCAGGGAAUAUGCGGAUGCUGCUUUCAAAUUGAUCAGGAUACGAAACAAAAAGGUAGAAUUGAAAUUCGAAUCCACACCAGACGAAAGUGUGCAGGAGGAACUAAUACGGGCCUUUAUGAAAGUAACUAGAUUAGAAGCCGCACCAAGUCGAAGAUGUCUGGAGGAGAAGGAUUGGCAUUUUAAACAUGCACUGGAAUACUACGUGAAGCUAUUAAAACUUGAUAAUACUAGUUCAUUGUAUUCUGAAUAAAUACUUUAAAUUGGAAA